CGUAGGUCUGGGCUAAGGUCCAGUGGUACUACUCCGGCGCUGACGUCGCCAACGACACCGACACAGACCGCACACGCCCCCCAAAAAAGCCCCGCCAACAUCCAGGCCAGCUACGGCCGCUACGAGCGCCUGCGCGCCGACGAAUCCGACUACGACUACGUCGCGCAUACCUCCUUCAACGGCCCCACGAAGAUCAUAGAGCACCGCGAGGCGGACAUCGAGCAGCCCCAGAUCGCCGAUGGCGAGUUCUACGUCCGCCGCGCGUACUCCCGCCUCUCCAAGUGUGCCACCGUGAGCCCUCACCCUCACCCGUCGCCCUCCCGAUCCUCACAAACCCCCUCAAAUCCCCACACAUUUGAUGUCAUAACCAACGCCAGUAAGUGGACUAUUUUCACGACCAGCGCCCGUAGGGAGAGGUCAAUGUAG